CGCACCUGCCUGGUUUUUUUUUGCCAAACAUUAACCUAGCAACGAUAUCUCUGUGCACGAAUUUCCAGAUAUGAUUAAAUUAUAUUUUUGAAAUGUUAUUGAUCUACCAAAACGUUUAAAAAUCAGCUCAAUGGACGACCAGCAACCAAAAGACGAAUCGUCUGGUUUGUACCCUAAAAAUCCCAAGAGUCUACGAGCAGCAACUCACAAAUUGCAAGCAGAGGCCCUGCGGCAAUAUCGUGAGGCACAUGCAGGAGAUGUUCAGAAUGAACAGCCAGAGGAAGACUCGGCAGCCGAUGCGACUCCAGAGGGGCAAACAGAUGGAGGGGCUGCACCUGGAGAUGCUGCACCAGAUGCCCCCUCUGGAGAGAGAUCAGCAGAAAGCCCUACAGGGGUGGAUACUGACGGCACCAAUGGUGACACAGCCCCUGGGGAAGUAACAGCUGACCAAGAUGAGAAGAAAGAUACCUCGGACGAAGAGCCCGUGGAAAAGACUGAUGCUGAAGACAAUGCAACCAAAGAAACAACUGAGGACAAGAAGGCAGAGGAACAAACAAGUCAAGACUCGCCAGUUGAGCAAGGAGAACAAGGAGAUGUUCAGAAGCCCGCUGAGGAGUCGCAAGAUGCAAAGUCGGACUCGGAGAUGCCCAAUCAGGCAGCCGGAAACGCAGAGGAGUCUGGCGCCCCUGCAUCACAACAAGAAGAGCAGGCUGCCGGAGUAUCAGGUACCAUACCUGAGCUGGCAGCUGACAAGCUCGAAGAGGGAAACACUAAUGUGAACGCUAAUCCUUCUGAUGAAGGAGACCAAGGUGGUACCACACAGGGCGAGGGCGAAGGACAGGUUGAAGGUGAAGGGUCACCUGCAGAGGUGGAAGGUGAAGGUGCAACAGGUGCAGAGGGCAGAGAGGAUGAAGCAGCAGCCCCAGAACAUGAGGGUGCUGAAAGCCAAGACAUAAAGGAUGAGGAACCAACUCCUCAAGAUACAUCCGAUGAGCAACCUGCGCCUGCCAAAGAUGCAGAGGUCACUGAUGAUGGAGCGGAGGUCACCAGUGAUAGGACAAAGGUCACAGAGCAGGGAGCAGAGGUCACUGAGCAGGGGGAAAAGGUCGCUGAGCAGGGGGAAGAGGUCAACAAGCUGGAGGCAGAGGUCACUGAGCAGGAAGCAAAGGUCACUGAGCAGGGGGAAGAGGUCACUGAGCAGGGGGCAGAGGUCACUGAGCAGGGGGCAGAGGUCGCUGCGCAGGGGGAAGAGGUCACUAAGCAGGGGGAAGAGGUCACUGAGCAAGGGGCAGAGGUCACUGAGCAAGGGGCAGAGGUCGCUGCGCAGGGGGCAGAGGUCACUGCGCAGGGGGAAGAGGUCACUGAGCAGGGGGCAGAGGUCACUGCGCAGGGGGCAGAGGUCACUGAAGAUGGGACGGCAGCUGCAGGGGAGGGUGUGCUCAAAGGUGAUCAGGCAGAGGAGGAAGGAGAGAAGAUCCCGCUGGAUUUCUUUUAUGAUUACCAGGAGCACGUAUCCAAAGCCAGGAUAGCUGAGGGUUCAGAUCUACCGACCGAUAUGCUCACUCUGCACCAUUCCUUUGGCUAUGACUGCAAGCGACUUUCCAAUCUGUACAUGUUGGAUGCCAACAUGCUGAUCUUUGCGGCCGGUAACCUAGUGGAGCUCCUCAAUAUCCAGACUAAAGAACAGAAAUACAUACGGAGUACCGGUGGAGGCGGUAUCGGCGCAAUCACUGUGCAUCCGAGCAGCAAGUACUUUGCCGUCUGCGAGAAGGGCGUCAUGCCCAACAUCAACAUCUACGAGUACCCAUCUCUCAAGCUGUACCGCGUCCUGCGGGAGGGCACCGAGUCCGCUUACUCCUUCGCUGACUUCAACCCGGCCGGUACCCUGCUAGCGUCGGUAGGCUGCGCCCCGGAUUACAUGCUGACUGUCUGGGAUUGGUUGAACGAGACCAUCGUCUUGCGCUCCAAGGCCUUCUCGCAAGACAUCUUCAGGGUGACCUUCUCUCCGGAAAACGAGGGCCUCUUGACGUCCAGUGGCACGGGACACAUCAGGUUUUGGAAGAUGGCUCACACGUUCACUGGUCUGAAGCUGCAAGGAGAGCUGGGAAAGUUUGGCCGUACGGAGAUCUCCGACAUCCACGGCUAUGUGGAACUACCAGACGGCAAGGUCCUCUCAGGCUCAGAAUCGGGUAACAUGUUGCUGUGGGAAGGAGGCCUGAUUAAAGUCCAGAUCGGCAGGAAGAACAAGAAAUCCUGUCACAACGGCAACAUUGAGCAGUUUGUCAUGGACGAGGGCGAGUUGAUCAGUAUUGGAGCUGACGGUUACGUCAGGGUGUGGGAUUUUGAGACAAUUGACGCGGCGGACUCGGCCAACGAAUCCGGCAUGUUUGAAAUGGACUGCAUGAACGAGCUGAAAGUCGGCAACGAUGUGCACCUGAUCUCCAUGGUCAAAUCGCUGGAUCCUGAGGUCCAGAGCAUCUGGUAUGCGCAGGAUGCCAACGGCGCAAUCUGGAAGCUGGAUCUAUCCUUCUCACACACCACCAGGGAUCCAGAGAGGCUGUUCUCAUUCCAUGCUGGGGAGAUCACCUCCAUCGACACUUCCCCGGUGUCUCAUCUCCUGGCAUCUACUGCUCUGGAUCAUACCGUCCGAGUGUUUGACUACGCGUCCAAGACUCCCAUUUGCUCCACCAAGUUCAACGCCGGCUCCACGUCUAUGCUUUGGGUGCCUCCCACGGUUGACCCUAAGGGAAGCACCAUCCUGGCCGGUUUCUCCGACGGCGUGGUACGAAGCCUGACCAUCAAGCGCCGCGACAACCAAGAAGGGAAGAGGACCGCCCACCAUCAGCCUGCCUCGCUAGCCCUCAAGCAGGCCUUCAAACCCCACACGCUGGCUGUCACCGCUAUGGCCAUGGACUCGAAGGGAGAAAUACUCACCACCGCAGGAGCAGACAACACCCUGUUCUUCAUGAACGUCGACGAUAAAUUCACUCCAAUUGGCUUCAUUGACACCCCCGGCACUGUCACCCACUUAACAUGGUCGCCGGGCUACUUUGAUAAGAAUUGCCUGUUGGUCUUCUGUGCUAACGGAGAAGUGAUGGAGGUUGAGGCUCCGGAGCCAGGCACCUACGACACCUCAACGACUUUCAAGAUCACCGGCCUCAAGACAAGACAAACGACCUUCAAGAGUAUCAAGUCAAGACUCCGACGAGAAGAAGAAGAGGAACGUAAGAGGAAAGAAGAAGAAGCUAGGCAGAAGGAGCUGGAGAGAAAACGCCGCAUCCGUCGGGAGCGAGGUCUGGACGAUGAAGAAGAAGAAGAAAAGAAAGAAGAGGAAGAGGAGGAGGAGCCUCCGCCCCUUUAUAUCCCCGAGGAGCCCAGCCCUAUUCUCUAUGGCGUCUACUCACCUGACGAUCCAGACAAAUUCUGGGUCUCCAUGGGUGCCUUUGAUGCUGGCUACCUGUACGAGUGCAAGUUCCGAGAUGAGAAGGAGCAAGCAGACAUGAUCAAGCAGGGCCGUGAAGAGGCAAUCAACGAAGCCGUUAGAACAUUCCCGGUCGUUGAUAGCGAUGAUGUGCCUAUUAGGACCAUGCAGUUCACCGGUGACGGCAAACAAGUCCUACUCGGCAUGGAGAACGGCGCGAUCCAGAUCCACUCACUGGACACAGAGGGCGCCAAACCGGACCGCAACCCCGACGGAAGCCAGGCUGACUUCUCCCGGUUCGGUCCGUACUGGUCGCUCACCGUCCACGACAACACCUACGGCCGCGUGACCGGCGUGAAGAAAAGCUUCGACAACCGGUUUGUCUUCACGUCUGGGGCCGACGGGAACCUGUUUGCAUUUGAGCUGAUGAGCCAGGAGAAGAUCGAAGAGGCUAAGGCUUUGGCUAAGGCUAAGAUCCCAUCGGCCAAGAAAGAGGAUGAAGAUCGCAAAGUUUCGGACAUCGAAAGUAAAGAUCACUACAGCAUUGAGCUGGAGAAGCAGAAGUCCGAAUACGACAAGAUGAUGAGAAAGGCCGAAGAGAAGAAGAUGGAGGUCAGACGAACCAUCGCAAAAUUCCGACGGCAGUUCAAGAAAUUACUGGAGCAGAACCAGGAACUGCCUGAUCAUCUGCAGUUGCAGAGAAAGGAGUUUGAGAUGGAUCCAGGGAUUCGCAAGGAACUGGAGAAACAGACCAACGACAAGAUUGAGUUGGUGCGCAGGGAGCUGGCCUGGGAAGCAGAGAAACAUAAGAUCAGCUUGGAGAAACUCAAGAACAGGUUCAAAAUAGAGCUGGAGUGUGAGCGCAUUGUCGUCGUCUCCAUCCAAACCGACCACGAGGUCCCUACCUACCGGACCACCAAGCUCCCCAAGGAGUUCCUUGAGAUGAAACAAGAACUGACCCGUCGCGCCACCAUGAUGUCCGAUAAAGGGUUACAACGCGACCCGACCCGUGACACACUGACCGGUCAGUCGGGUCUAGGGGAGAGCAUGACGGAGGCUUCGCUGGCCGCCGGGACACGAGACAUCAAGAAGUCUACGGUUCUGACUGGACGUCACGGGGAGAAAGUGGCCAAGGCUCUGCAGAAGGCUGAGAAGGCUCGACAGAAGAGACUGGCCAGAGAAAAACAGUGGGAGGAGCUUCUCUCGAGCAAACCGCCCGAGGACUACGAGGACCCGGCCGACGUUGCGGCCAUCAAGGAUGCUCAGGAUCACAUGGGCGACUUCAAACUGAAGACGGCGAAGGACUACAGCGUGCCGGAACACCUGCGCAUGAACGCGCUCAAGAAACGCAACCAGCUGGUCACAUUGGAAGAAAUGAUCCACAAGUACAAGUCCGACUUCAACCGACGCGUGGUCGCUCUGCGAGACAAGAAGAUCGGCAUCAUUAAGGAGAUCCAGCAGUUUCUGACGGAGCUGAGUGACAUUCAGAAAGUCCUUGGUGAAGAGCAGAGGCAGCAGCUGCCAGAAUGCCCAACGCUGCACCCCUGCGAGACACCAGAGAAGAAACUGGAGUACACGCGCGAGACCCUGAUGCAGUUCAAGGCCCAGAUGGCGGAGAAGGCCAUCUUGGAGAAGACUGGAGGGGAUACUGGAGCUUUUGGAUUCGGGGGAGGAUUAGGUGCCGGCGGUGGGGGUGGAGGUGCCACAGACCAGAAAGACAAGGACCCGACCACCCCCUUGUCCUACCGCCACUCCUCCCUGAUCUCGGCCAGGUCCAGGGCCGCCUCCAACCUCGACGCCACGGUCCAGCUGUCCCCCUUGGAGCAACAGAUGAUCGCCAUGGAGGAGAUCCGUCUGCACCAUCGCCAGGGCGAACUGAUCGAGCGCGUCCACGAGCUCAUCCUCAACUUUGACGCGGAGCUGCGCAUGCUCCGACACGAGAAGCUCAACCUGGACACCGACUUGAAGAACUCCGAUCUCAGGCGAGUGACACUGUUUGAAGAGCUUCAGCUCCUGAAGGAGUUUGAGAAACGAGAGAACGUCUUGGCAGCCAAGGUUGAAGCCAAGAUCAAGGAGAAGUCAGACAGUCAACUGAAGGUUGCUGAAUGCCAGCAGAAACUGGACGCCAAACGCAAAGACAUCGACAGGCUGAUGGAGAAAGAGAAGGCGCUGUACGCCAACUUCCAGGCCUCGCUGGGAGAGAACAACAAGUUUGCCGAGUUCCUGACGAAAGUCUUCAAGAAGAAGAUCAAGAGGGCCAAGAAGAAAGCCCAGACUGAGGAAGGGUCGGAUGAAGAGAGCGAGGAAUCCUCAGACGAUGAAUCUGAUUGGUCGAGCGAUGAAGAGGAUAGUGAAGAGGAAGGGCUUGACGACAGCGUCUGUCCACCGGGAUGUGAUCAGGCUCUGUUUGACAACACCUGUGCUCUCCGCGAGAAACGUCUGGACUUUGAGGAACUGCUUGCGGAAGAGAAGAAGAUUGCAGAAGGUUUGAAGAAAGAGGUUGAUGCGUUGACUAAGAAGCAGAAGCUCAUUGUUAACGGCUUGAAGACGGCAGAAGCUGACCUGGAAGCAUUCCAGCUUGAGAAGCAGCAGAAACUCAACGAGCUAGACGUGGUGGCGACACUGCGACUUCACCAGGUGGAGUACAUGGUGAACGGCGCGGUGCCUCAGGAUCUCUCCCAGACUCUGGUGGUCAACAACGCCAGUAUGGGUCACCUGCAACGCCGCAUCCAAGAACUGAAAGAGGAGAAAUCGGCUCAGCGACGACAUUACAAGGAGCACCGCCAGCAGCACGUCCAGCUCAUCAAAGACCGUAAACUCAUGGAGUCUCGCAUCACGGAGCUGGAGGAGAAAUGCAACGAGAUGAUGCGGCAGAAGUUUGGCCGCAUCAUCGACCUGGAGAAACUGGAGACGGUGGGCGUCAAUCGCACCGUGGAGGAACUCAAGGAGAAGCUGAGACUCAACGAGCUGACCAACGCCAACGAGUUGCUGAAGUGGGAUAGUAAAAUUGAAGCCAAGAAAGCUCGCAUCACCGAGUUGAUUGAAGAGAACACACUGCGUCUUCAGCAACUGACCAUGCUGGUCGGUGAGAACAAGAACCUGGAGAAAGCUCUAGACGCAAGACAGACCAACUUGGGUGGUGAGUUCCAGGGAAGUCGCAGAGCUGACCUGGAGGAAAGAGGGAGACUGAUUCAACUGGUUCAGCUUCAAGCGCAGGAGAUAGAAGCCCUCAAGGAAGAGAUCAGCUUACUGUCCAGGAAAGGUGGGCACAUCUUACCCCCUACCCAGCCCCCCAUACAGCAGACGUCGGCCCAUGGCAAGCACCCACCAGGCAACCCCGGCCAGCAGUAGACUGAUGAAACCGUUGCUUUACCACACAACCUCAAACUUCACUUCAAGAUUUGCCAAAAAUGUCUUCCCCACGUUUAUGGUGUUACCCUCCAAUAUUCAUUGGCAUGUCCAGCUGAUGUGCGCUACAUGAAAUCAACAGAGCAAUGGUUAAUCAACUUACAUGGCGUAACACAGAUGAUUUGCCAUUGGUUACUGUAAUUUACAAGGAUGCCAGUUUUUAGGCUGUAGCCUGAAUUCAGGCUUUCCAUCCCUUCGCAGGCCGGAAAAAUAAAUCCUCGUGUAGCAUGCACAGGGAAAUAUUGUUUUGCAAGCAAUGCUCCAUGGCAGUCGCUAAGCUGGCUGACUACACGAAUGUAUAAAUUGUAAGUUCAAAGUAGACAGACGUGUACAUGUCUAUGUACACAUGUGGUACUGCAAUGUGUUUAUCGUUUUGCACAUUUGGCCGUCUUUCACAUGUCAAGUUUUUCAGGCCCCGGAGCCAAAACCCACUUGCAUCCCCGAGUAUUGAAGCCAAAUUCCUAUGGGUGGAGUCAAUGUUAAAAAGGGGGGAUUAGAAUAGAAGCACACAUACAGUCUGAAAGGGACUGUGUUAGUGGAGGAGAUUCAAAGCGAGGCUGUACUUGCAAAAGCGAAGCCUCUCUUUCACUCAAAGGCCACAUGGGUUUAAUCUUCCGUUAUUUUGCCAUACUUUUUAGAAAAAUAUGAUGAACAACAGACAUGUAUUCAAUGAAUGAUACUGUUCGAUUUUAAUAUGAAAACACUAUCAGUACUCCAGGAUAACACAUUCAAUUUCCAGAAGACAUAGUCAUUCACGAAUCCAUUAUAGUCCUUUUAGGAACAGUAAUUCCAUUGUCUCCCUCAUUUCUUUUUUACUUCCAAACUGUUAACAAUAAAUAAUACAUUUAAGGCAUUUCAAUAUGUCAACUUGUUGCUAGCGGUGUAUUCAAAUAAAUAUAUUCAAUAAUGGAAUGUACAAGAGUAAAAUGGGCUUCAGUAGAAAGACAUUUAAUUUUAAAGUCAUUACGUACUGUAAAUAUACUAAUAUGCAGUGAAUACCGUCCAUCUUUAAAUUUAACUGUAGUGUUAGAAAUUUGUAUCAAAAAUUCUAUGAAAGAUGAAGCAAUGUAUUCCAGCUUUAGUUUUGUAAACAUUUUAUUCAUUCCAUCCAGUUUCAGAAUUAGCUCUAUAUUUGUGCCUUCCCUUAAUAGCAAAUGUAAUGUAAUUUGUGAUUUGCUUGCAAGAGUCUUCAUGAAAUUGAUUAAAUUAUUCCGUCCAAAAAAUAUUCAGAUUCCUGUGUCCUACAAAAGCUGCCAAAAUCCAUUGACUGGUUUUGCUUUAGUUUGAUGAUGGCAGGACUGUACUCGGCCAGAAAAAUUAACAUUUAUUAUAUCUAAAUUUCUGAAAAUAUAUUUAAUUCAGGUGUACUUCCAUUGUACUUAUAUUUUGAGAUGAGCAACUAUAACAUUGUUGUAAUGCGAAAUUUCCAUGAAAGUAAGUUGUUAAUUUUUUUUAGUUUUGAUGCUUAAUAUUUACUGAAUAAAUGUUUCGUUUCUGUGCCUUCCAUUUGA